AUAUUCAAAAGCGCGCAUUAUAUGCAUGAGUUUAACGUGGCAAUUACGGUAACUUACGUCAUGCUUGGAUGGAUUGCGAGAUGGUGCUGCAACGACGAGUUUCACAUAUCGCCUACUUGUAAAAUAAACAAUGUUCAUUCCGAAUCUCCACAAUUUUGUAUUUGAAGAACAAUCAAAAUGAAACUUGUCAGCAAAGACUUCGAAAAGGAUGGUGCCGGGCAACUCACACUAAUCCCAGAAAACCCUGAAGACAUGUGGCAUGCAUACAACCUUGUUGCUCCUGGUGAUAGCCUUCGCUCCACAACGGUUCGUAAAGUGACUACUGAGUCAUCCACAGGAAGCAGUACUAGUAACCGUGUCAGGACAACUCUUACCAUCUCGGUGGAGGACAUUGACUUUGACUCACAGGCUUGUAUGCUCAGGGUCAAAGGUCGCAAUAUACAAGAAAAUCAGUAUGUCAAGAUGGGAGCUUACCACACUCUGGAUCUAGAGCUCAACAGGAAAUUCACCCUUGCCAAGAAGUCAUGGGAUAUAGUAGCCUUGGACAGGAUAGACAUGGCCUGCGACCCGGCACAAAGUGCGGAUGUUGGAGCCAUCGUCAUGCAGGAGGGACUCGCUCAUAUAUGUCUGGUUACCCCCAGUAUGACAUUGGUAAGGGCAAAGAUAGAACAUGGUAUCCCAAGAAAACGGAAAGGAUUCUGUUCUCAACAUGACAAGGGACUUGUCAAGUUCUAUGAUGCCGUCAUGCAAGGCAUACUCAGACAUAUAAACUUUGAUAUUGUCAAGUGUGUCUUAAUUGGAAGUCCUGGCUUCGUCAAGGAUCAGUUUUGUGAAUAUAUGUUCCAACAGGCCAUAAAGCAAGAUCUCAAGAUCCUCUUAGAAAACAAGUCUAGAUUUAUUCAGGUCCAUGCAUCAUCGGGUCACAAACAUGCACUCAAAGAAAUUCUGUCAGACCCAGCAGUGACUUCAAAAUUAAUUGACACCAAAGCAUCAGGGGAAGUGAAAGCUUUAGAUACAUUCUAUGCAAUGCUACAGACUGAACCAGAUAGAGCAUUCUAUGGAUUGAACCAGAUUCAACAAGCAAAUGAAGCUCUUGCUAUAGAAACACUGCUUAUUAGUGAUGAACUAUUCAGGUCUUCUGAUGUAACAAGGAGACGUGUGUAUGUUGAUCUGGUAGAGAGUGUAAGAGACAACGGUGGUGAAGUUAAGGUCUUCUCUAGUUUACAUGUUUCGGGGGAACAACUCAAUCAGCUAACAGGUUUGGCAGCCAUGCUACGAUUCCCAAUGCCUGAUAUUGAAGAAAAUGAUAGCUCUGAUUCAGAUGACGAUUGAUGUAAAACACACAAUAGGAAUCUAGUUAUCAAACUUUCUAUUCACUUCUUGAUGAGGAGACACCAUGGUUGAUUGUGCCUGGUGGCUUAAAGGCUAUGCAGUUAAGAAAGAUGGUUAGGAAAAUGAUAUAUGAGGUGAAUCUGUAGAUGCAGUCUCGGGUUCAAAUUAAAUUUUCCUGGCCAUUGGCAUCCAAUAAACACAUUGAGGUAUUCAUACGACAUGAAGGAAAAGCGUUAUGCCAAGGUUUGUGUCAGCAAUUCAUGAAUAUUAAUAAUGUGACUUAAAAAGCGCCAAAUCCACUCUGUAGAGUGCUCAAGGCACGUAAAGAGCUAAAUUCAAGUUACAUGUAGAUGAGUUUCAUGAGAUUAUGUCUUCAUGGAUUAUAAAUUUACUCAGCAUUAAUUGGCCAUUUAUUCUUUUAUAUUGUCAAGAGCUAAGGUUCUUGUUUCUGUCAAAAUGUUUAUGAAUGCUAGAUGUGGGGGAUUGUAGAGACCCAAAAAGUGCCAUCGGGAAAGAAAAAUAUGAUUGUGCCACAGAAAUAAGGCUUUCCCAUGUGAUGUCACAAGCGGUCAUAUUGGAGGGCAUAACAAUAGAGAACCUGUGCACUGUACCAUACAAAACAAUGAUUCAUCACAGUUUGGUGAACUGGUUUGUAUUGUUCUACCCUAUAACAUGGAUGAAGGAUGAUGUCACUGGGAACGCUCUGUACUGCCCUACUUUGACAAAAAUCACAACAGGAUGUCAGAAACGUUUAAUAGUAUUAUAUUUCCUGCAAAAGAGGAAAGAGUGUCUGCCACUUGCACUAAGUAAUGUCUAUGAUGUCAAUCCAACAUUAUCAUGAUGGACCAGCCAGCCCAUGAUCACCCGAUGAUCGUGAAGCUGAAAAAUAAAUGUUUAACACUUUAAAUACUUGGAGUAGAUGAAAUACAUGUAUGAAAGCAUUGAUAACUCGGUCAUCUUAAAUGUGACAUGGUUUCCACAAAGAUGAAACAAGUGGAUAAUAAUAAUAAAAUUAUAUUUAUGCUGGGUUGCCUCUCCAAAAACUGUUCUCCCAGCAGGCCCUGCUUAACAUGUUAAUAAUAUGUUGUCAAUGUCAUUACUCCAGCUUAGGUUGGAUAACCAUAUCUCAAUAUUUCUUGUAUUUAUGAGGACCAGGGACCCGUUUCAUAAAGAAAUUGCAACUGUUGUAACUUUGCCAUUAUGGCAACUACCAUGGUAACAGGGCUCAGCAGCCAAUUAGAAUCAAGGUUGCCAUGGUAGUUGCCAUAAUGGCAAAGUUACAACAGUUGUAACUCUUUAUGAAACUGGGCCCCAGAUGGUGUCGUACAAAGAUUGCAGUGUGACUAAAAUUAUAUUUGGAUGUGGUAUAUAUAAUGCAUGGCAUAUUGGCCUAAUGAUGCUAAUGGGGUGCACUCUAUUGAAUAUUAAUCAAUAAGAUUACCUAUUAAAUAUUAUGUGCAUGUUAGCGUAAAUGCAGAACCUACUACUAGUAGUCAGAAUUAACCUCUGAUAUCUGAUGCUAAAAGAGAAGUAAUGUUAGGGCUUAGAGCUUCUCGGUGUCUUAGGAGCAGGUAGUAAUAGAUGAGACCAAAUACAAAUAGCAUAAUUAUGUCUUCUAUUUUUUUUUUUACAAAUAUCAUACUGACAUCCUAAUGAAUUCAUCAUAGAUCUCGCAAUUUACUCAAACCUCUGAGAUCAAUUUGCCUUUUCAGUGUAAACCAAAAGUAAUGCAUCACAUGGCCGUUCAGAAAUACCAUUGAUGACAUUGUGGAACCAAAGUUUUACAUAUUGACAGCAUCAUAUCCAAGUUCAUGUAACUUUCAUUGUCCUUAUUAUGAAGUGGCCUAUGUCACUAAGGUAUCUACUAUACAUGUAUAUGUGGUACCACAAGCAAAAAAUGUUUUGUUUUGUUUUUUCCUUGUCCAUUGUUUCAAUGUCUCUUUUAUUAACCCAGUUGAGUUCAUUUUCUGGUUUAGUUCUUUUUAUUUCACGAGGUUGUUGAACAUUGUAUUUUUGUACCUGUUGAAUAAUAUUCUGUACAGAUCCAGUACUUCUGGAAAGUCAGGGAAUAAUGAAAAGUAUGUAAGGAUAUACUUGCUAAAGUUGCUUAUUUUCAAAAUUCCCUCUUUUAGGAAUAACUAGGCUUCUGGAUGGAGACACUGACUUCAUGUAGAUAAAGUGUGUUAUUCUUAUAACAAUGAUUUAGUAAACCCAAGGCUACCUUUGACCAUGUUUUUAUGGAGUGCCAGUUGCCAAGUCAUUCACCAAGUACAUAUUAUUUUAACGGUGCAGUGAAAAUUUGUAAUGUUUGUUUGUGUGAAACAAGAAGAAAGGGUUGUGUGAGUACACAAUGAAUUGAUAGGAAUUAAUUGGUAAAUUUUCUUUGUCAUGGAUAUCAAGGAAUGAAGAUUAAUCAUAGCAUUUCAUCGAAGUGGAGACGGAAGUUCUUGUUUAGUCUGGAGUUAUACCCAGGUUUAAUUAUCUGAAUUUCAUCCAAAAGGUUUACAAUAUGAGGUCUUAUUUCCAGGGCAAUUUGUGUAUAACAUCAAGUAAUUCUGAAAAUUCAUUGGAAACGAUGACUAUUGCUGCUAAUAAUAUUAUGUCUGUCUUGUAAUGUACAAUAUGUAUGGCAUAUCGGAUGUAGAAUAAACGUUCUUGUAUCCAUUCUUGGCAAUGUAAAUUGCUAUAUUUAGUGAACUUGACUUCUGUAUCAGAAGAAUCUAUAGUGAGUAGAUUUUCAUGAUUUGAGGGCAUGAAAAUAUAUUAUUUUGCUUGCUAGAGAGCAUUUCAUGAUGCAAUACAUUGAUGUCAGCGAUUUUUACUUUUCUUGGCCGAGAGAAUAUUUGUCAUUGAAAAUUUCUGACAAAUGCCUCAUGAAAUGCUCCAAUCUUUACUUUUUAUUUCAUUAUUUUUCUUGUCAUUUUUUUUUUCAUUGAUGUCUAUUCCAUUCAUUAACUCAAAAGAGUAUAAACAAAUUAUAUGUGAGUUUUCAUUGUCUGUUUCUUGUACAAUUUUUUUUUCUUAAAUGUGUAUUUAUAGUGGAGACCCAGAAUAUUUAGUUUCUUUGGACCAUUAAGAUUACCUCAUUACAUGAGUCACAAAUAUAUUGGGUUUUUUUUUUUUUUUUUUUUUGGGGGGGGACUGGUUUAUUUAUGUUUUAAGAAGACUUGUCAUGAAUUCAUAUUGAUAGGAAAUACAGAAAGCCAUCAAGUCCAUACUUUGUCAUGCAUCCAGAUGUAAGAAAAAAGGGAGCAUACCUAUGGCUCAAAUUUAUUAUUAACAUCCAGUUAUAAAGUCUGCAAAGUCAUUCUUCUCUUUGUUAAAGCAAUUUUUGAACCAGAUCUGGCUAAGCAUGCCUUAUUUACCUCUUGAAAUUGAAUUUUGCCAAAGUUCUGUUAUCUAAAAGAGAUAUAACCAAGGCAGACUCGCCUAUACCAUUAUUACCACAUUUUGAUGGCAGUUUUAUGGUGUUGCUUGCUUUCUAUAUUUGAAAUUGAUUUCAUUUAAGAUGGUCCUAAGAUCUUUUUAUACUGAGUGUUCAUGGCAUUUUAUUUGUUAUAUUAGGACAGAAUAACAAUGUUUAUAGCUGUAUAAGUUGAAAUUUUGUGCAAUUAUGCUUUAAAUAAAUUUGAGAAAAAUUAUUUGAUAUCACCUA